AUGGCAAAAGAUGACAUUGAUGAUGUGUUAGAUCACCUAAGAAGGAUCAAGAGGAGAGGUGAUUUGAGCAGAGUUGAUGAGAUUGCUGAAAUUGAGUUACUUGAAUUGGAGCUAAGGUUGUUGAGAACCUUUAUCAAGUACCAUCAUCUUCUUUUGCCUGAUUCCUUAGUCAAAAUCACAAAAAAAGUCCAAUUGGUUGGGGAAAUGCUUCACUCAGUAUUUGAUGGUAAUUCAGAUGAAUGUAAAACUAACCUUAAUGUGGAAAGGCUAGUAUCACAGUUGCUGAAAUUCGUUAAAGGUAAUACCAGUUCAGUUAGCAUUUUUGAGCUGAAUGAUUCUGAUCUGUUGGAAUAUAUGGAUUUCCUCGGAAAGAAUCUCAAUGACGUACUGAUGUGGCUGGAAUUGGAUGCCUCUAAUCCUUCUUCAGCGGAUGAACAAAUCCUUCAGUAUAAUCGAUCUUUAAAGCAAGUGAAAAUGAUUCAAAAGAAGAUGAGGUUUUUGAGAUACUUGUAUGUCACAGAGAUAAAUGGUUUUGUCGACCAUCAGAAGCUGGAAGGUCUGCAGACUCGAAUGCAGUUCAUGGUUGACAAUGUAGGACAGUUCUGUCUUGCUAUUUUUGUUCUUAAGGAUUCAGAUGAUACAAAUAUAUAUGAGGUUGCAGAUGAUAUCUUGAGUAAACUUCCAUAUCUGUUAGGCUUGAUUGUGUUAGUGGAGCUGGAAAUGAAGAAGAUUUUUCUUGGUGAGCUAAAGGCUUCAAAGUUUACUCAAUCAAGGACUUUCAAGGACAAGAAAUUACCAAAAGGAUUUUCACAUCAUCUCCACAGUCUGCUGAUGUAUCUCAGAAACCAAAAGCUCCAGAACUUUCCUAAUAGUGUCUCUGCUCAAAAUAUUGAUGUGGCAAUAGAGUUCUUGUUGGUAUUUCUUGAUGCUGAUGUGUCAAAUCCUGCUAUUUAUGGUAACUGGUUGAAUGAGGUUAUGGAAAAGGUUGGAGCUAUAGCAGGUGAUGUUCUAUAUGUAAUUCAAAAGCUUCUUCCUAGAUCUAUAAACGAAGAUGACACUAGCAAAAUAAAUAUUUGCUCGAUACAGAUAUUGGAGAAAACUAAAGAUCUGAAUGCACAAGUGGAGACGUACUACAAAUCCUUAAAAUUCACUCCAUCUCAGUUCCCCAUGGUUGGUGGAUUGAGCUUUCUGGAUUCUGUUUUGAGGAAAUUGAAUGGGAUGUCGAAAUCUGAAUCAGGAUUAGUUUUCGAGAUGAAACCUGAUAUUAGUAAUUUAGUGAAAAAGCUAUCAUCUGUUACAUCCAUUUUAGAGAAGGAGCUGUCAUCUUUAUCAUCCAUUUUCAGAGAUGUCGCAAAGGUCCACCAUGAGCAUGAAAAUCUUAAAGAUCUUCAGAGGCGUACUAUCAAUUUGGCAUAUGAAGCUGAAGUUGCCAUUGACUCUAUUCUUGCACACUAUAAUGCUUUUUGGCAUAUUUUUUGCUCACUUCCUACAAUCUUAAAAGAGAUCAAGCACAUUAAAGAGGAGGUGACUGAGAUGUGGUCGGCGGACGUUGCUCUGAAGCCUUACUAUGUGAUAGCGCCAACUAAACAUCUGCCAACUCAACAUAGCAAUUCUGUGAAUGAUGAGGAGGUAGUGGGUUUUGAGAUAGCAGCAGACAAACUAAUUCAGUAUCUGACUCGAGGGACAAGCGAGUUAGAUGUCAUCCCUAUUGUUGGCAUGGGGGGACAGGGUAAAACAACUUGUGCUAGAAAGUUGUAUAAUAAUGACAUCAUUGUUUCUCAUUUUGAUAUUCAAGCAUGGUGCAUCAUUUCCCAAACAUAUAACCGGAAAGAACUAUUACGAGAGAUUUUCAGUCAAGUUACCGGUUCCAAGGACGAGGUAGGUGAGGUUGGUGAACUUGCUGACAAGUUGAGGAAAAGCCUAAUGGGAAAGAGAUAUCUCAUUGUAUUGGAUGAUAUGUGGGAUGGUAUGGCAUGGGAUGACUUAAGCCUUUGUUUCCCUGAUGUUGGAAAUAGAAGCAGAAUCAUAGUAACAACUCGACUUGAGAAAGUGGGUGAGCAUGUCAUGCGCCAUACUGAUCCUUAUACUCUUCCAUUCCUCACACCCGCUGAGAGUUGCAGCUUGUUGCAGAAAAAAGUGUUUCAACAGGAAGGUUGCCCUACUGAAUUUCAAGAUGUGAGUCUAGCAGUUGCAAAAAGAUGCAAAGGACUGCCUCUAGUGAUUAUCUUGGUAGCUGGAAUUAUAAAAAAGAAGAAAAGGGAAGCCUCUUGGUGGCAUGAUGUUAAAAAGUCUCUACUUUCCUAUCUUGGUGAGUCUGAAGGAUAUAGUCUUUCAACCAUGAAGUUGAGUUAUGAUAACUUACCUGAUUAUUUGAGGCCCUGCCUUCUUUAUAUGGGGAUGUUUCCGGAGGAUGCGAGAAUUCCAGUGUCUAAAUUGAUAAGUCUAUGGAUCGCGGAAGGCUUCUUGCAGAACAUUGAAUCUGGGAGAUCAAUGGAAGAGGCAGCUGAAGAUUACUUGAUGGAUCUCAUUAGCAGUAACGUGGUAAUGGUUUCAAAGAGAAGAUAUAAUGGUAAAGUCAAAGACUGCCAGGUUCAUGAUGUAGUGCUUCACUUUUGCUUGGAGAAGAGUAGAGAAGAAAAGUUUAUGCUGGCAGUGAAGGGGCAUUAUAGCCAGCUUCAACCUUCUUAUUGGGACGAAAGUCGAGUAAGCUUCACUUUCAGUGAAGAGCUUUCAGAUAUUGCACUUUUGGGCUCCAAAACACAUAAGCCUUUCCGCAAAUACUUGAGGUCACUGAUAACGACCAAUCAUGGAGUAAUUUUUUAUCAGGAUUUCUUCAAUCAGUUUAAUAAAUUGAGACUUGUUAAGGUCUUGGAUUUGAGUUCCUGUGAAGUGGAUCCUUUGUCGUUAGCUACAUUGAACCCAUUAAUUCAUCUGAAGUACCUCGCAGUAAAAAUAGAAGCAUUUCGAUUUCAUCCAGAAUCACAUCUGCUCCAUCUAGAAACUUUAAUUGUGAAACGUUUUUUUGAUAACUCUUGUAUAAAGUUACCAGCGAAUUUUUGGAAAAUGGAAAAAUUAAGGCAUGUUGAGAUUAAUAAUGCUUAUUUUGAUUUGGAAAAGAAUAAGCAGGGGAUCUUUGAAGAAUCCUCUAAAUUGGAAAACUUGAGGAUAUUAAGGAAUGUUAGUUUUCCAAUUGAUGAUGCUGAUAGCGUGGAUGUGUUAUUAGGGAGGUGUCCUAAUCUUCAAGAACUUGAGAUCAACUUUGGGCGCAAUGAUUCUGUAGAGAUUUCUCUCAAGUUGGAGAGUCUUACCCAGCUUCAAAUACUUCGCCUUUACAUUAAGUGGUCCUAUAAAGUAUUGGAGUUACAGUUGCCUUCAAAUUUAAGGGAGUUGGUACUAACAGGGACUCUUAUAGAAAGCACGAUUCCUAUCAUUGCGAAACUACCAAAUCUGGAGUCUCUCCAAUUAGCAGAACGCAAGUUUACUCUACGGGAAGAGUGGUGCCUUGGAGAUAUCACGUUCCCUAAACUUAAGUUCUUGAAACUGGUGGAAUUAUAUAUCUCAAGGUGGGAUGCCUCAGAGGCAUCAUUUCCCCUACUUGAAACACUUGUUAUAAAAAAGUGUAUCUAUCUCGAGGAGAUCCCCCUUAGUUUUGCAGAUAUUCCAACACUGAAACAGAUUAAGUUGAUUGGGUGCAACAAAUCUCUGGAGGCUUCAGCUGUGAAAAUUAAGGAAGAAGUCGAAGAGAUUGAAGGAUGCGACCGUAUUGACCUCAUUAUCUAAGUAAGUAGAAACAAACUCCUAUGUGCAGUUUUUGAGUAUCUAUGUCCAUCUAAUUUGACAAAAAUAUG